AAGAUAAUGGCAGAAAAAUAAUAAUUUGGAACUGAAAGACCAGUCUCGGAAUGCAGUUCCCGUUCUUCGGUGGCCGCAAACACCAGUCCACUUAUUGGUCUGCUCCGGUCUCUCACCGCACUCCCUCACAGCAACGGAGCCUUAAGGCUUCCACUGCCAAUCUCCCUUCGCUCUUCACCUCUCUCCGUUGCCUGCAGCCAGAGAUGCCUGAAAGCCAUUAAAGAACCCAUUUUUCUUGUUGUUUUGUGUUCCCUUCCUCUCUCACUCUGCGCCAUGAAGGAAGCCUCAAAGCCUCCGAAGAGCUCCGCCGUUGUCUCCGAUCUAACGGCCCUCUUCUCCCUUCUCAGGAAGAGGAGGACGAAGGUCUUCCUUUAUGGCUUUGCCUUCGCGUUCGUUGCCUUCAGCGCUUAUUUGGCGUUUUGCCCUCCGGAGAAGACCUCCCCUUGGUUCAACAACCUCUUCACGUCCGCUUCCGUCUCCACCGCUCCCUACAGAUCUCAAAUAUCUUCCCUUUUCUCUUACAUCUUUCCCAAUUCCUCUUCAUCGCCAUCACCGGAGAAUGCGGCGCCUUUGCCGGAGGAUCUGCCGGCCGACGGCGGUGGGGCUGAGAAAGGCGGGAUCUUGGCGGGUAAUUUGACGGCAGAGGGCGUCGGUGUGGAGAAAGGUGGGGUUUUUCUGGCGAAGAAUCAGACAGGAAGUGGAAUUGGGUCUCAGGGAAAUGGAAUUGCGGUGAAAAAUCAUUCACCCACUGCAAUCGGGUUGCAGGGAGGUGGAGAUUCGACGAAGAAUCACUCGAUGGAGGGCGGAAAUGGGGUUCCGACGAGUGAUCAGGGAAGGGAUGGGAUUGGUUCUGCGAAAGCCACACUCUUGGCAGCAAAGAACCAGACAGCGAAUGGAAUACCUUCAAAGAACGAGACUAAAUCCGUAGUUGAUCCUACAAAAACAAGAGAUUUGCCAACGAAGAACCAGACUAAGGUUGGAGACAGAGACGAUUCCAAGAAAGAUGCAGUCUUGGCAGCUAAGAACCUGACAGUAACCGGAGCUCCUCCAAAGAAGAAUGAGACCACAACUGCAGUUGGUUCUGCGGUAAAUGGAGAUUUACCAUCGAAGAAUCAGAUAGAUAAAGGAGUCGCUUCAAAGGUAAAUCAAGUUCUUAAUUCAACAGCGACUCCUAAGUCUGGGGCUGCUGCAAAGAACCAAUCCAGCAGUGGGGUUCCCUCGAUUACAAAGAGUACCGGAACUACUACGGCAAAGAGUGAGGAGAAAGGGGCUCCAAGUUUAUCAUCUUCGCUCGUGAAAGGAAAUGGUCCGACCGCAGCAUCAGCUAGGGAUGAAGGAAAGAGACAGGUGGAUUGGAUCGGUGCUAUGAAAGGUUGUGAUAUUUUCCAAGGAAGGUGGGUGAAGGAUGAUUCAUAUCCACUCUAUCCCGAGGGCUCCUGCCCUCACAUCGAUGAACCUUUUGAUUGCUACCGCAAUGGCCGGCCCGAUCGGUCUUAUCAGAAACUCCGGUGGCAGCCUAAUGGCUGCAACAUUCCAAGGUUGAAUGCAACUGAUAUGUUGGAGAGAUUGAGAGGAAAACGACUGGUAUUUGUUGGUGAUUCACUGAACAGAAACAUGUGGGACUCUUUGGUUUGCAUCUUAAGAAACUCUGUCAAAGACAAAAAGAAGGUUUUCGAGGCCUCUGGCAGGCAUGAAUUCAGAACAGAGGGUUCUUAUUCUUUCGUGUUCAAGGAUUUCAAUUGUUCCGUGGAGUUCUUCCGCUCGCCAUUUCUUGUUCAGGAGUGGGAGAUGCCUGUAAGCAACGGCAAGAAAAAGGAGACGCUUAGGCUUGACAUAAUUGAGAGAUCAUCUUCCAAGUACAAAGAUGCAGAUGUUAUUAUCUUCAACACAGGCCAUUGGUGGACUCAUGAGAAGACCUCAAAAGGGAAGGACUACUAUCAAGAAGGCAACCAUAUAUACAGUGAAUUGAAUGUCGUCGAAGCAUUUCAUAAAGCUCUCGAUACUUGGUCAAAAUGGGUGGAUACAAAUGUCAAUCCCAAGAAAUCCCUAGUUUUUUUCAGGGGCUAUUCUGCCUCACAUUUCAGUGGUGGGCAAUGGAAUUCAGGUGGGCAAUGUGACAAAGAGACUGAACCCAUCAAGAAUGAGACGUAUCUCUCAUCAUAUCCAUCAAAGAUGACUGUUUUGGAAUCAGUGAUCAAGGGAAUGAAAACUCCUGCCUCCUAUUUAAACAUUACAAGAAUGACUGACUACAGGAAAGAUGCCCACCCUUCCAUCUACCGGAAGCAGCACUUGACUGAGGAAGAGAGGAGAUCUCCUGAAAGAUAUCAAGAUUGCAGUCAUUGGUGCCUCCCUGGAGUGCCCGAUUCAUGGAAUGAGCUACUAUAUGCACAGCUUAUCAUCAAACAGCAUCAAUUGCUGUAACCAAAAUUAAACAACCUGGGAUAAUAAAGUGGUGUUGUAUAUUAAUUUCAUAUGAGGUAAAUAAGUAAAUCAAUGAGUGGAUCAAACUGUCAAUGUGAGUACUUACAGAGGGAAAAAUACAAAUUUCUGGAAGAAGAAAGCAUUCAGUAUAAUUUAUUUUAUGCAACAAGAGAGGGAAAGCAAGCUGUAUUAGUGAGUUCUUCCUCACGUCUACAAAAUUCUUUUUCUGGCAGCUUUAGGCAUGUUGAUGUACAAUGUUAAUCUUAUGUGUUUAUUUAGAAAUAAAGAAUUACAUAUCUCUGUUAUAAAA